UGUGUUUCCGUUCGGUUCUUUGUGGGUGAGCUAACUGGCUUUCUUGGCGCGUUGAUUGGGCAUGAUGUAGCGCUUGAAAAAUGUUCGGCAGAUGCACGACGAAGAGGAAAAUGGCAAAUGCUACGAGCAGGAGCACUGGGAUUCGCUUUUGGAGCUUUGCGAGGGCUAUAGAUUCUUUGCGGGGAAGUGGUUGCACUGAUGUGGUAUGCAUCCUUCUGACCUUCCAGUCAUCAUGGGAAGAACCCAACUGCCAAGGAGAGCUGCAUGCAGCAGAGCCACCACUUGAGAGAAGAGCCAAAUCUUGGUCUCGAUGUAUCGCCUUUGCACAAGUUAAGCUUGGAGCGGCAGGCGUCCAAGUCCAUCGGGGGCAGCCUGAGAAGCCUUUGGUCCUGUGGGUGUUGGCAGCCACAGACGAGGUGGAGGGUGUGUUGGCGGCCACUGGCUACUUCCAAGAUGUCUCCUGGCUAAACCGUGCUCCCACAGAAGUGCUACUUCUCGGGACCAACUUGCGGCAGCGCGAAUAUGCUGGAGAUGGACGAUGCUCAGUCCGAACAACAAGUUAUGAUCGCGCCCAGGACGUGCCCUUGCCACACUUGGCCUGCAUCUUCAUGCCGGACAGACAUGAUGUGGCCUUUGAGCCAGGAGAUGGUAUUUUGGAAGGCCGUGGCCCAAUACCCCGUGAAGCUCUUGCACUUCUGGUCAACAUUCCGAUUGUGGUCUCCACGUGCUUCAAGCUGCCGACCAGAACUGCACAGUCUUUGGAGACUUUGGGUUCUUUGCUGCUUUUGCGGGAGACGCCCUGUCCCUUUUCUUCAUCAGCUGGAGAUGCAUAUGUGCAGUUCGCGGACAACAGCUGGUUUUUUGCCGUUCAAGGGCCAGAUGCACUGGCGUUUGUUUUGAACCAUGAUUUUCAGAUCCCUUUACCACCUCCCUUGCCAGAAGACCAGCGUUUGCCGGCCGUUUUUUGGGGCAUACUUGACCUGAAAUACGAUAGUUCAAAGUCUGCUUUGGAGAGGGUGCGUGUGCUGGAAACUGGGGAUGGCCGCAUCUCCAAGUUCUCCGGCGAUGGUGCAGCAAUUCAAGACCUCAUGCGAGCUAGGUACACCUCCAAGGAGGGAUCUUUGCUGCGCAAGUUUCAUGUCAUAUCUGCCGACAAGAAACUAACUCACGAUUUGAUGGAGUUGGCUGGCUACACUCAUGUUGUACCUGGCCAAGCAUGUUACCCGCGGCAAUAUGAUGCGCACUUAGCUGAACGAAUUGAGUCCGACUUGGAGUUGGAGGAAGGUGACAAGGUUGUCCUCAAGCUAUGCAACCGGUCAAGAGCUGCGGGAGUUAUCGUUGUUCCACUCGAUGAAUUGGAUGAAGUCUUAGAAGAAGUCCUGGCGCCACCGAAGAUCCAAGAUUGGCUAGAAGAGAAGCUGCGGCAGCUCCAGGAGGUUCAGGCAGGAGACUUUGGCUUGGCUUGGGGCUGCUUCGAGGAGCAAAAGAGGCACUGGUGGUCUAAUGAAAGUCCCUGCUUUGUCGCAGAGCGCUGGUGUACAUCAACGCCGCUUCUGAAAACAGGAAAAUUGUAUGACGGGACGAUGCGUGUUGGCUUUGUGGUGCUGCACAAGCGAGAUUUGCAAACCACUGCGGACAGUUUCCACAAGCCGGCUGACGGAGGCGAUGUGAGUGCACCAGCACCCGAAGACUUGGUGGUCCAUUGGCUGGGUGGCUACUGGAAGCUGCCCAAGAGAGACAUGGCCUCCACCGAACUACGAGAACGAGUUGUGAGUGCUGCAAGAACGUCGGGCACCGCCCUGGUGCGAUCAUCAGUUUUAGCAGAGGUCUACUCGGCUCUUGGUGAUUCCGUGCAGCAGCUGUUUGGGGGAGUGGAGCCAACAUCCAAGAUGCUGGCUGAUCACUACAGGGAGCAGCCCGAGCUGGCCGCGUACUUGACAGCCCGCCUUGCUGUGAGCAACCGCGAGCAAAGCAGAAUGAAGAAAAUGCUCUACGACGCACAAGUCCUUGCCAACAAAGUGGCAGAGAAUCGUGGGAGGCACUUUAUUGAGUCCUUCAUUGUCAGAUGUCACGGCAUCCUUGAAGCCCGAAGUGAUGCUCGAGAUCGUUGGCUGUCUGCGAAGCGUCAUUUCUUGAAGUCCCUGAAGUAUUUGGAGUCCAAUGCAAACUCCUUGUAUCUUCUUGGCAUGGCAGCACUUGAGCUUGGGAAACCAGGAGAUGCUGUGACUCUCAUGAACAAGAGCUUGUUUUUGGAUCCCGACUUCAAAGCUCCGUAUGUGAAUUUGGGGGUUGCAUAUCUCAGACUCAAGCUGUUCGAAGAGGUGAUACAAAUCUCAGAAGCUUGUUUGGAAAGACACCCGUCGUCACCUCAAUGCCAGUACCACAUUGGUGUGGCUUCUUGCCAGCUGGCUCUUCUCCUGGAAGCACGCAGUAGAGGUGGUGCUUUUCUAUCCGCAUCAGAAGAGCAUUUGUACGAGGAGUUGCGAAAGCGGGCUGCUCACUGCAUUUCUUCAGCUCGAGACAGUGAAGAGGGUCAAAAGCGCAAGCCUGCUCCUGGCAGCUGCCGCAUACCCGAAGCGCCAUGGCUUGAGAUUGACCACUUGAUGCUGGAGGCUGCAGCUGUAAGCGGAUUGAGGAGGCAGGGAGGCUACCCUCAGGACUCGCAACCUGGAAUGCUUCGAGAAAUAUGCCUGCCUAUAACGGCAGGUUGGAAAAUGUUCGGAUGGCGAACUUAAAAUCUUAGAAUAAUAAGAUGCUGUAUAUUCGGC